AACUAAUUAUGUGUUGUUGAUACUUUAAAAUGUAUAUACAUAACUAUGGAGCAUACUCCCGCACCUUAUGGACCCAGAGCUGUAUACGGGUAUGCCAUGUACAUAGGCUCAAAUAUGCUGUUCCUGUUGUAUAUGACAUGGGCAUUAGUGCCUGAUGAAGUAUUGCAUGAUUAUUUGGGUGUGACCUAUUUGCCAUCUAAGUAUUGGGCAGUGGCAAUUCCUAUAUGGGCGUUAACUGCCUUGGCAACUUUUGCGUUUCUUAUUUAUCCUGCUAUCAACAUGUUAAUAACUCCAGAUAUCAACGAUCUGAGAACCAUCACAGAUAAACAUGCCUUGCAUUGGACUGAAACUAUUCCUGGUGGGAUACCACCGGUGUUUGAUAUACCUAUAACAGAGGUUUGCAGAACGCUAUAUUUGAGAAAUAACAAAUUGUAAUAUUGCUACUUUCCGAAAUAAUUUUAUUGUUUGUCGAGGCUCUGUUUAUAAUCCGUCGGAAAUAAUGUUUUAAGUAUGUGUUGUCGGUAGUGACUGCUAAAGAUUAUUAAGCGGAAAAAUAAUUUAUCCAGGGUAAAGUAUUGAAAACAUCCAGAAAACUAACACAUCGCACCAAACGUGUGCCAGGUAUUCUCUACAAAUUUUUUAUAUUGUUUA